AUAAUUAAAAAAAAAAAUUCUAUUAAAAAAUUAGAAUUUAUAAAUAUGUAGUAGAAAAUAUAUUACAAAAUUAAUCAGCAAAAUUUUUAAAAUAGCUGAAAAAAAAUUGUUUUGAUGCGCCUGAAUAAUGGCAAUCAGUUUCUGACUCUGGAAUUUGUAGUAUUGCCAUUUCAUUUGUAAUGCAUAUUACUGGACAACUUGAAAUUUUAAAUGGUUUUCUUCAAUUAUUAGUUAAUGAAACUUCUGAUAAAUCAAAAAUGAUUUCAUUUAUUGUUCAACGACACAUUCGUUCAUUAAGAUUUGCAGAACAAUUGGAAAAUAUUAUGAAGGAAAUUUGUUUAGUUGAAUUUUUGAGUUCGACAUUUGGUAUUUGUUUAAUAGGAUAUUAUAUCGCAUCGGAAUUUAAAAACAAUGAUAUAACAAAAACUAUUGUUUAUUGUAUACUAUUGAUAUCAUAUAUCUUUAAUAUAUUUAUUUAUUGUUUUUUGAGUGAAUUACUUUUAACAAAGUGUGAAGAUGUUGGAAAACAAACGUAUAUGAUUAAAUGGAAUUUAUUGCCAAAGAAAAAAUCACUUGAUUUAAUUCCAAUUAUAAUGAUAUCUUCAAAACCAGCAAAACUUACUGCAGGCAAAAUAGUUUCAUUUUCAAUAGGUUGUUUUUGUAGCGUUUUAAAAGUGUCUGCAGCUUAUUUAAAUUGUCUUCGUUCAUUUCUAAACUGAUUUAAAGAAAAAACAUUUAUUUACUAAUAUUUAGG